CUCGUCGCCAAGUCCGAAGCGCAGGCAGCGCGCAACUGGGAUGUGUUCUACAAGAACAACGAAACGCGCUUCUUUAAAGAUCGGCAUUGGACGCAACGCGAGUGGGGUGAGGACCUCGGCAUCGGAAAGGGAAAGCAACUUGAACCUGUGCUGCUGGAAGUCGGCUGCGGUGUAGGCAACAUGCUGUAUCCACUACUGGAGCGCUACCCAAAUCUCAAAUGCCACGCGUGCGAUUUCUCCAAACGAGCCGUGGACUUUGUGAAGUCGCACCCUUCCUACACACCCGAGCGUGUGCAUGCUUUCGUUUACGAUCUCACAUCCACAAGUCCACCCUCGCUUGUAGAACUCGUGAUGUCUGUUGGCAGCGUGUCUUCACCACCACCACCAGCAUCAAUACCAACCAUCCCUCCGCCGACGACGAUCAGCAUGAUCUUCGUUCUCUCCGCUAUCCCUCCACAGCUCCACGAGCAGGUGCUCCGCUCGAUGGUCGCUUGCUUGCGCGCUUCGUCCGCUUCCGCCUCUGCUGAUCAUACACCAACACCCACAAUACUCCUUCGCGACUACGCCUCCGGUGACCUCGCGCAGGUACGCUUUGACAGCAAAGACGCUGCGCUGCCAUCGUACCGCGAACCGACGCGCCUCUCACCUGCGGCGCCAUACUAUCGGCGCGGAGCGGACAACACGCUUGCCUACUUUUUCGACGUGGACCAGCUGCAGCGCCUCGCGCGCCGCUGCGGAUUAGUAGGGGAGGCUAAGGUUGUCGAACGCAGCAGCGAGAACAGAAAGACAGGGGUGGUAUUAAGGAGACGGUUCAUCCAGGCUCGAUGG